AUGUCCCAGCAGCCACCUCACGGUGCGUGGGAGGAGGAGCGCAACUUUUUCGUGACCACAUUGAACCUCCAGAUUGAUAUUCUCAAGCACCAUCCGAUGCGCCGGGACGAAGUUAUAAGGACACUGGGUCAGUUGCUCCUUCGAAUCCCUCGGCUAAGACUGGCUGGACAGGCUAUUUGUAGCCGCGAGACUAGCCUUUUAAACUAUAUCUGGACAAAGAAGUGCAAUGAGCUUUUUGAGAAUGUGGUGGGGCUGAGACAAACGCUUCUAUGGGAUACUGAUGGCGCAAACACAGUGGCGGAUUCGAUGGAGAUGAUGGUUCAGUUGGACUUUCGUACUUUUGAUAGAUAUAAAAACGAAUAUCAUCGGAAAAUCGAGGAAUAUGAGGCAUUUUCUCCACGGCGUCGCCAACGAAGUGAUGCGCCAUCGCCAGAGUGUUCAAAGAAACAGAGGUUGGAGUAG